GGUCAGCUGUUUGUGAAGAGUACUAUUCUGUUAUGUAUCUCUAUGAUUUGAGUGUUAGGAUACGUUGAACGACUCACAUUAUGGAUAGUUCCGACACCAGCGCUAUUCUUUCGGACCCUUCAGAAACGGAUGAAUCCAGUAAACUCUGUUGUUGUUUUGAGGUGUCAGCGGGCGCCAGACCUCCGCCGUGCUCGUGCCCGUUUUCUGUGACCGUGGAGCCCGUGAUGUUUCUGUCUAUGUUCUCCAUCGGUCUCCAGAUGCCUCUGUACACGCAAUACCUGUGGGAUCGGAUCAGUGAAGAUGUAGGUUAUAAUGGCACAAAGGCAGGAGGCUGUAAUGCAUCGACUGUUCAUGACCCUUUAGAGAAGAAAGUCCAGACACUGACUGCCCACUGGAACCUGUACAUCAGUUUGGGUGGAUUUCUUAUUGGCCUGCUUGUGGUUACCUGUCUGGGCCCAUGGAGUGACCGCGCAGGUCGGCGUAUGAUUCUUAUCAUUCCGUCCUUAGGUUUGGCUGUUCAGGCAGGCGUUUAUCUGAUUGUGAUGUAUUUGAAGCUCCCUGUGUUCUGGUUCCUCAUUGGACGGAUUAUUAGUGGCCUCUCUGGUGACUUCAAUGCCAUUUUGGCGGGUUGCUUUUCUUAUGUGGCCGACACGAGUGGCAGGAGCUCACGCACCUUCCGCGUGGCUAUACUAGAAGCUUGUCUGGGAUUGGCUGGCAUGGUUGCGAGUAUCAUCGGAGGACAGUGGCGUCGGGCGCAGGGGUAUAUCAACCCUUUCUGGCUGGUAUUGGCCACAAAUCUAGCAGCGGCCCUCUGCUACCUCUUUGUGCCUGAAUCUGUUACUCGCGAUCCAGAGGCAAGACUCUUCUCCACCAGGCACCAUCGGGCCGUUUACCGCCUCUACACAUCCGAUGAACCGCAGGGACGCAGGACUAAUCUGUGGCUCUACAUAUUCUCAUUCUUUUUGGUGGUGUCUGUACAUUUCGGGUGUAGAGACCUUUAUGUGCUCUACGAGUUGAGUGCUCCGCUUUGCUGGGGUCCUGAGCUGAUAGGAUAUGGCUCCGCGGUCCUGCAACUGACGUACCUCACCAGCCUGAUAGGUCUCCGGUCCAUGCAGUGCUGUCUGGAGGACUCUUGGGUAGCUUUGGUGGCUCUGACCUCGAACAUCAUUGGCUUGAUAGUGAUUUCAGUCUCUGACACCACUGCUCUAAUGUUCACAGGAUAUGGACUUUGUUUUCUUUUUAUGGCCUGUACUCCAGUGCUGAGAUCUAAACUGUCCAAGAUGGUGGACCCUUCAGAACAAGGGACUCUGUUUGCAUCAGUGGCUUGUGUUGAAGGUCUGUGCUCACUUGUAUCUAGUGGGGUUUUUAACUCCAUGUAUCCGGCUACCUUACACAUUAUGAAAGGUUUCCCCUUCGUCUUUGGGGCUUUGAUUCUCUUCAUUCCAGCUGGAGUUAUUGGGUGCUUGGGUUACCAGGAGAAGAGGAGAAACAGCGAAAGCUCUGGGAUAUCCUGAUGAAGAUUUUACUGUAGGCAGCACAAGACUGUGACCACAGC